AUGAAGGUGGUUGCUCCGUCACAGACGGUGAAAGCCGGUGUGGGCUCCGUGCCAGUGAGGAGCGAGCAGGAGUUUGGUGGUGGGCGCCUGGUCGGGGAGCAGGUUCCUGUUCCUGUUUAUCACCCGACUCCUAGCCAGACGCGGCUAGCAACACAGCUGACAGAAGAGGAACAAAUCAGAAUAGCGCAGAGGAUAGGCCUUAUUCAGCAUCUACCUAAAGGAGUCUAUGAUCCUGGAAGAGACGGCUCCGAGAAGAAGAUCAGAGAAUGUGUCAUUUGUAUGAUGGACUUUGUUUAUGGGGACCCUAUCCGAUUUCUGCCGUGCAUGCACAUUUACCACCUGGACUGUAUAGAUGACUGGUUGAUGAGAUCCUUUACCUGUCCAUCCUGCAUGGAGCCAGUGGAUGCAGCACUGCUUUCAUCAUAUGAGACUAACUGAGCCAGGGUUUCUCCACUGAACCUUCAAGGAGACCAUCCACUUUAAUGGGUUUGAUCCUUUUGUCAUUCAGCCCAAAGAGCCAGGAAUUAGGAAUUAAGAUCGUGCACAAAGUAUACAUUUCCUAAUAAAUAAAUAAAAAAAUAUUCCUGAAUGGCUGCAAAUAUUGGAAAAAACAUAGUAUUUUAGAGACUAUAGAAAAAGUAGGUUGUUAUUUUUAAUGUAAAGCCUUGACCCACCAUUGUCUUUUAAUGUUUGUUCUUACACCUAUAUAUAGGAAUUGUGUAAAGUGUUACAGCAACUGUAAAUGUUUAAACUGCGUGUAUCCAAUUUUAUUAGCAGCAAGGUAAGAGUAUUUUUUUUCCUAAAUAAAGUAACCAGUUUUGUUCUGAUUCUUUUCACAAGUCCUGGCAUUUGGGUCAAGGCUUUAUUGAAAUCUACAUUUUAUAACACUGGCACAAAGAAAUAGUUUUAAGCUUGUUUGCACAGUUCUUUUUCUUUUUUUUUCUUUU